UAUCUCAAUAAAAAUAUCUCCACUCAAACCCAACAACGCAUUCAACACAUUAACACACAAGAACCAUGAAAACUCUGGUUUUUGCAUCAAACCCAAUUCUCCAAAGCUCAACACAAUCUCCAAUAUGUAAACCACAAAAAUUCCCAUUUUCUCAACCCAAUACAUCAAAACAACUCAACUACCAAUUCACCACGUUGAAGCCACAAGCUAGUGCAAAAGGCUUCUCCAACACAAGACCACCAUCAACAAAUAAAGCUAAAGAUGAUGUCCCUAUCAAGAAAAAUCCCAACAAUAAGAAUGAUGAUGAUGAUAUUCCUAAGGAAGUUAUGUAUAGAAUAAUAGGUAGAAUAUUGUUUAGUACUUUAGUUCCAAUGGCAUUAGGGUUAUCAUUCUUGCAUCUUUAUGGUGAGUUAAAGGAUAGACACAUAUUUAAUGCUCCUUUGUGGAUGCCAUUUGUGACAACUCUUGUAUUUUUUGGAGCUUCUGGACUUGGAAUUGCAUAUGGUGUACUUUCUACUAGUUUGGAUGCAGAGAGAGAAGGUUCUUUGUUGGGAUUUGAAGAAGUUGAGAAGAAUUGGGAUGAGAUGUGGCAACAAGAGAAUGUAAGUGAUGAUUGAAUUGGUACAACUUACUUGAUAACUUUAGGGGUAUUUGAUAUGUAAGAAUUUGAAUUUGAAUCCACAAUACUCCAUUUAUUCAUGCUUUAUGUGUGUGAUUUUUGUCAUUAGACUAUUUGAUUUUAAGAAACACAUGAUAGUAACGGGCUACCUUGUAAAUUGUAAUAUAGUAGUUUAAGUUGAUAUUUGUUGUUAUAGGAAAUGAAAAUUAAAGUUUCAAUUUUGG